AUGAAUAAGCCUACUGGAAUGAGCACUGGAACUGCUUUUCAUUAUUACAAUGUUAACAAUCAAUUACGGCAAGCUGCCAAUCCAAACAAUAUACCUCGACUUAAUCCUGCAUUCGGACAGUUUCAUCAGUUUCGACCAAUGCAAGGAUUAGCAUUUGGAUCCAAUGUCUCACGCAAUGCUAGCCAUCGAUUAGGUGUACCUUCGAUGGCAAACUAUCGUCGACGUAGCUUCAAUUGA